AUGACACUUAGCACUAGAGGAAUUCCUGACAUUAUGGCCUACUUUGGGAUGAAAAAUAUUUUGAAUGAUGUUGGGUGUAAGUUGACUAUGUAUUUCUACAGGGUGGGCAGAGGACUUUCUAUUGGUACAACCUGUCUCCAGAGCAUAUUCCAAGUCAUCACUAUCAGCCCCAUCAAUUCAAAAUGGGUCUGGCUAAAACUCAGAAUAAACAAAUGUGUGCUUCCUUUCUUCCUUUUUAUCUGGAUAAUCAACAUGGUGAUCCACAUCCCAGUCAUUUAUUCCCUUCAAGCCAGUGAAAAUUUCACUUUGUACCAUAAUGGUUAUUCUAUGAAAUACUGUGUCACUAAGCCAAAUAUUCCUCGUGUGGGUUCUAAUUUAUUUAUCACAGCCAUGACUACCAGCGAUUUCUUCUUUCUUACCCUAAUGAGCUUGGCCAGUGGUUACAUGGUAGCAUUUCUUUACAGACAUAAAAAGAAUAUUCAGCACAUUCGUAACACUAGCCUCUCCUCUAGGUCUUCCUGUGAGACCAGGGCUACCCAAACCAUCCUGUUACUGGUGGGCUUUUAUGUUAUAUUUUACUGGAUUGGCUGUUGCCUUAUAAUAUAUUUAGCUUUUUCUUACAAGAAAGACAUGGUUUUGGGUAGCAUUGGUUCUGUGCUAAAUUCUUGUUACCCUGUUCUCUGUCCUUUCAUAUUAGCAAGCACUGAUUUCCAGGGUCUUAGGCUAACCUGCAUCCUUAGGAAAAAUCUAGUCCUAAAUCCUCAUUUGAAAGAUCCACUGCAUGGACAAUUCAUUCCAUAUUCUACUCCACUAAGAGUCUCCAAGUAA